ACUUGAAACGGGGUUAUGCUGGCUCACAUACCGGGAGCUUGACACCACACGGCACGGAGAAGUCACUGGCAGCCAUGGGGCCUAAAAGAAAAUCCAAGCUCAAGAUGUGUUCUGCAAGCGGUUUGAAACUUUUGGGGAUGUUCGUGUUGUUCAACAUUAUUCCUCAAGCAAAAGCCGUAAAAUGCGACACUCCCGAAGAAGUGGAAAACGGAAGAGCUUCCUUUCCAUCUGAAUUGGAUUAUGAUUCGAUCGUGACAUACCACUGCAACCAAGGGUUCUCUCUCAUCGGGAACACAAGUAGACGAUGCAAUGAGAAGGGAGUUUGGAGCGACAGUGCUCCCGCUUGUAAAGCUGUUUGCAAAGAAAAAACAAUACAAAAUGCAAAUUCUAACGAUGGAUACGAAAGAGAAUUCUUCGUCCUGGGUAACCAGUUGCAGUUUACUUGCAAAACAGGUUUUGCAGAUAGAAAACUAGCUAUGUUAUCCACUACAUGCACACUAUAUGAAAACAAAGCUGACUGGUUCCCGUUGUUGAACAUCUUUAAGUGUGAGGAGCUAUGUCCACUUUUUCCUACGAACAAUUAUCAAGAUACAAGAAUCGAAUAUGUGCUGGGAUUUCCUACUGGGAAAAGGUUCUUCCUCAACGAUUACGUGGAGUUUAAAUGUGCCGAGGGAUAUAGAGAUAUCUCAAAAAUAGACUCUGAUGCCUUUAAAGUGCAUUGUUUACCAACUAGUUAUUGGGAUCCAUCUCCAGUAUGGAAACAAAAAACAUUUUCAUGCCGACGAUACUGUGGACACCCAGGUACGCCUGGCCAUGGACAGACGAUCGGAAGUAGUUACAUUGAGGGAGCAACUUUGACGUUUAAAUGUGAUCUUGGGUUUCACAUCAAUGGAGAACGACAAGUGAAUACUCGAUGCCUGAACAAUGGGACGUGGUCAGUCCCAAGAGUAGAUUGUCAAGAGGUCAAUUGUGGACGGCCAGAAAUUACCAAUGGUAUAUGCAGUGGUCAAUACCCUUCUCAUUUUGCUUAUGGUAAAAGCGUCUCAUGCCAAUGCAAUACUGGGUAUGAAUUAACGACCUCCAAUAAUGCUAUUCGUUGCCAAGAAAACGGACGUUGGACUUAUUUACAUUGCAAAGCCGUAAAAUGCGACACUCCCGAAGAAGUGGAAAACGGAAGAGUUUCCUUUCCAUCUGAAUUGGAUUAUGAUUCGAUUGUGACAUACCACUGCAACCAAGGGUUCUCUCUCAUCGGGAACACAAUUAGACGAUGCAAUGAGAAGGGGGUCUGGAGCGACAGUGCUCCUGCUUGUAAAGAACUAAAGAGUACAAAAGAUGUAUUACAGAAGCUAUCAACAGAAGAAAAAAAGUGCAAAAAGAUAACACUUUCAGGAAAUUUGAAAAUAGACGCUAACGUUGGCAGUCGAGUACAUUUUUAUUGUGAUGAAGGCUAUACGCUAUUUGGCAGUAAUGAAAUUGAGUGCUUGCCCACGAUAGAAUGGUCCAUUGACAAAGCACCCAUCUGUAAACCGGUGGUGUGCGACCAACUUGAUAUUCAAAAUGGAAGUUUUAACGUUUCUCUGCCAGUUCAAUUCAACACUUUUAUCGGAUAUAGUUGCAAUGAAAAUUACAUAUUGGUGGGAAACCAAACGAUAGAAUGCUUACGGACAGGCAAAUUGAGUAGUGAAAAACCCUACUGCAAAACAAUUACAUGUGAUUCACCCGCUGAAGGUCCACAUCUUAUAAUCAGUUUCCCAUCUAGGCUGGAAUUUGGCAGUGAGAUUACAUACACUUGUGAAAAUGAAAUGACACUAAAUGGGCCCUCAACGCGAACCUGUCAAGCCAAUGGAACCUGGUCAGGCAAGGACCCAGUGUGUGUCUUUAAUUGCCCACCUCCAUCCGAACCAUGGCAAGGAUACUGGAUUGGGAAUGACUAUUCCUUGGGGAGCUCCAUCACAUUAAAAUGCAACAAAGGUUACAUGGUGGCAGGUGCUGAUAAACAGACCUGUCGGGAAGAUCAAACGUGGUACCCUUCACAGUCCCCUACAUGUCAGCGUACUUGUGAACAACCAAUAGAUCCCUUUGGACGUCUUUCAGACCAGCACAAAAGCAAAAAUGUUUUCACACAGGGAGAUGUUGUGAGGAUCAUAUGCUCAAAUCAACAGCGACAUGAAGGCUACAAUCUACAAUGCUACGAUGGACAAUGGGCCCCACCCGGCUCCCCCGGGGCUUUUACAUGGAACACAUGUGGUGGGUUCUGUUUGAGGCCUCCGUCACAAGUCAAAGCAACGCUAUCACCGAGAUUCACCUAUAAAAACAUGUAUAAUGUGGACGAUUACUUGUACUUUGAUUGUGACAGUAUCUAUUCCAGAAGACGUGGGUAUUAUCUUUACUGCAGACAGGACCAUACGAAGCAAACUAAUUGGGAGAAUGACUGCGGUAGGGGACCAUGUUGCUCAUGAUAGAAAAUUUCACGACACUUGUCUUCACCGAUUUCCUAAUGAUAAUGCACACGGCCAGAUUGACUUAUUCUCAUUACUUACAUUCUAUUAUAACUGCAACCAUGUCGACCAUAAUAUACAAAUUUGAUAUAAUUAAAAAAGCGUUUACUGACUGAACAAUAGCCUCAUUAAUCACAGAAAUUCCUGAUUUAAAAAUAAAAUUAUUUCAUUUUAACUAAUUGAUUUUAGCUGUUGAUUUAUAGUACAAUGAUUUUAUUGUCGUUCAACAUCCGUUGACUGUAGUGUAAUGGUUUUAUUUUUCUAAUGUGCUAUCUUGGAUUACAAUUUCAUCAAUAAAAAAGCUAAAUUAAUUUUGUGUCUACAGUGCAAAAGCAAUGUCAUGAAAUUAUCACACGAUGGGAAUGUAUUGCCUGCAAAAGAGAAGUGAUAUUAUAAAAACGGCUUAAAACUAUUUCCGCAUUGAACAGUUGUAAAAUCUGAUGUGAUUUUAAUGGCACACGUUAAAAAAUGAAAUGCAGAUCCAACUAUACAGCUUUGAUCGUGCAAUUAAUUCAAUGUUAAACACCCAUUAUUGAAGGGCAGAUCAACAAAAAUUAAACAUAACAUUGUUAUA